AUGUCCGUCGCCGAUGUCGAUGCACUUAAUGACGUCGGAAAAACAGAUAACAAUGUUCCCGUUGCCGAAACUAGUAUACAUGAAAUAGACCCGUUUAUUCAACCAUUGGUCGACACAAAUGAAUUGUCAGCGAAAAACGAAUUAAAACAUGAAGAAUUAGCUGGAAUUGAUGGUGAUUAUCUGCAUUCUCGACCAGAAUGUCGACCAAGUUUAGUCUCUCAAAAUCUUCGUCGGUGCACUGGCAUCAUGUAUGCACUGAUUGGUUCGUCGCUAUUCACCGGUUCGGGUUUUGUCAUCAAACAGUUACGAGUGGAUUUCUUCGACGCCUUACUUUGCCGAUUUAUCAUUCAAACAUCUAUUCUGACGACGUUUAUUCUUUAUAAGCGUUACAAGAUUCUCACCGGUUCUACUGAUUUGAUUCUUUUGCAAAUUACACGCGUGUUUUUAGCUGUGUGUGGCCUUUUAUUUUUUUAUUCAAGCUAUCGUUAUAUACCGUUGCCUGAUUUGACUACUUUUCGUUAUACACAGGUGAUUUGGACAGCGAUUAUAGCGAUGAUUAUCUUUCGCGAACGGAUUUCUAUUCCAACUGUUCUGGCAAUUAUUUUCACAUUAAUUGGUGUCGUGUGUGUUGCUCAACCGACGUUCUUAUUUGGAAAUCGGAAAAAGCUAUCGACGUCGAACGAAUCACGUAAAUCUGAUCGAAUCUUAGGAUUAGCCUUAGCACUGUUGUGUGCACUAUCUAUAUCGGGAAGUAUAGUAUUAAACAAGAAGUUACUCGUCUUGAAAAUUCCACAAAGUGUUCUUAUGUUUCAUUUCUCAUCUUUAACAUUAAUUAUUCUGAUUUGUAAUCAAUUGCGAAACCGUUUCAUACUUCAUACAUAUUCAAAUCAUACAAUGUUUACCUGGCGAUUUGCCAUUGCCGCUUCUGUCUCUUUACUCCAAUUACUAUCAUCAACUGUAACGCAAAAAGCAAUCAAACUCGAACACCCAUCGAUUAUCUCCGUUGUGCAGUCGUCAGACAUUUUAUUUGCACUCCUAUUGCAAAAUCUAAUCACGAACGAAAAGUCGAAUUGGUUGGUGCUAGUCGGUUCGGGUUUAGUAACGGCAAGUAUUUUCCUCGUCGGAAUACAUAAGCUGUGGAUAUCUCGAAAGGCAUUACUCGUGGAAAAGACCAAGGAAGAAAACGUGAAAGUGUAA